AGUUGUAUGCUGUCCACACCAAAAAUUCUUCGCGGGAAAAGUCUACGGUGCGAGGCAGAAUGGGGUGUGUCCAGAGUAGCGGGCGGGAGGAGGCGGUGACGAAGGUCGAGGAGCCUCCAAAAGCUUAUUCAUGGGACCGGAAAGACAAAGUUGACCCGGCAGACUUCACUUUGGAGGGUCUGAGAGGAGAGGAGGCCGGCAGAGUUCCAGGGACCAUUAAUGGCCAGCAGUUCAUCAUCCAGAAUUGUCAGUCUUCACAGAUCUUUCUCCUGGACCACAUCAACACCAUUACCAUCGACGACUGCUCUGACUGUACUAUCUUCAUUGGCCCCACAACUGGCAGCGUGUUUGUGAGGGACUGUCAGGAGUGUGUGGUGGUGGGUGCGUGUGGCCAGUUCAGGACUCGAGACUGCUGCCGCUUGGAGGUGUAUCUGCUGUGCCAGACUCAGCCCAUCAUUGAGGCGUCCAGCAAGAUGAAGUUUGGCUGCUUCCAAGCUUUUUAUCCGCAGCUCAAAGAACACUUCAGCAAGGCCAGUCUGAGUGUGUUCAACAACAACUGGUCCAAUGUGUAUGACUUCACGCCAGUGGAUGGGGAGACCAACUGGAGCACCAUCACCCAGCCCUCUGCCCUGCCUCAUGCAUUCCCUUUGCCCAGGACCCAAUCCCUUGCCAGUGUGGGUCUGAGUGUGGUGGAAGAGUCCAGUGUGGUGCCCUACACACUGGGGUCCCCUCAGUAUCACGGUCAGGAAGCUGCCCUUGUCAUCCUUUUCUACGACAGCGACCAGCACCACAGGGCCACCACAUUCAUUGCUGGCCUUAGGAGUCAGGUGGCAGACUGUAGAAUUCAGCACAGUCGAGAGGUGAAGAUGGAGGCUGUGGAUGCAGUGCGGGUGUUUCAAGGCAGCGAGCACAAGGCUGCUGUGAGUCGAGGUCCCAUCAUCGCCCUCCUGUGCCUGGGCACUGAUGUACACCAAGCAUGCACUGUGCUGGCACAUAACACGGGGGUCUACGUCACUCCAGACUCCAGCAUUGGCCACAGGCAGAUCGAUUCCUUCUUUUCAUAUGCCUCCAUGAGUAUGACCAUGUGAAUCCCUACUCAUGCCAAGCACCAGUGGACCAAGGGUGUGCCACAGCUGCUGUUGUUGCUGCUGCUGCUGCUGGGAAAGUAAUGUAGGUGGAGUUCCCAAAAGGAUUUUAUGUGCACACCUCUUGAAGAAUUUUUUUUCUGGUGGUGGUUUUCUUUGUUUAAAGUAUUUCUGUUCACUGUUUGGUUUCUUUCUUUAAGUUUAUACACACUGUAAGGUGUGUUAAGAUUGAUGCUAGAAGCCACAGAAUGAUUGCUUCCAUCCAUUCUGUGGAGCCUUACAAAGACAAGUGAUAUUUGUGUGGUUACAAAGGAUAUUUCUCUGGCAAAUGGAAAAGGGAAGAAAGUCACUUGAGAAAAUGCUCUAGAGCCCCUGCAUUUGAUGUAAUUUCUCUUGUAGCUGAAAGAUGUGUUCAGUUAAUGCACAAUGUUUUAUUUGAUAUGUAUGUCAGUAUAUGACAGCGAGUGAAAUAGUUCAUUGCACUAAGAAAGGUUUAUUAAGUUAAUUGAACAGAUAGGCACACCAUUAAGCUGUAAAGUCAGAGUACAUUUAGAGUACAUUUAUUUUUUUUUUUUUUUUUUUUUCAUAAUUUACAGUAAAAUACAAUGAUCAUGUGCUUUGUGUUAAAAUGAGAGAGUUGGAAAUCUUAUUCCAUCUCUCUUCAACACUGUCAGAGUGAAGGAGAGCAGAUGGCAAGAAGGUGAGGAUAGAUGUUGUGAUGCAGUGAUUUGUGGGAGUUAUGCCUAGCACCUGCCUGGUAUUCUUUCUUUUUACUGGGACCAUGAAAAGGUGACUUUGUCAUCUCUUCUGUUUAAUUUUCAAGAAGGAUCUUAGCUUAUAGUUUGCUCACUUCAUCACAUGCUGGAGAAUUUUCAGCUACAAUAUCAUAAAUAAUAUUGAAGCACACACUGAAUUUAAGUUUGGAUUUUCAGUUGGAACAACACAGAGAACCUCCAGACAGUCAGUCAGUCAGUCUCUCUCUCUCUCUCUCUCUCUCUCUCUCUCUCUCUCUCUCUCUCUCUCUCUCUCUCUCUCUCUCUCUCUCUCUCUCUCUCUCUCUCUCUCUCUCUCUCUCUCUCUCCUAACACAUUCUGUAGAUUUCAGGUAGCCAUUUGGGGAAUUAUGAUGGUUGUGGUGGCAGAAUUAGGACAUUUAUGCACACAGGUUAUUCAAAUAUGAACCCAUCUUUCAUCUAAUUAUUUCUGUAUUUAUGCACACAGGUUAUUCAAAUAUGAACCCAUCUUUCAUCUAAUUAUUUCUGUAUUUGAGUGUGGAUGCAGGGGCUCUGAUGUUGCUUAAUAGGUUUAUCUAAUGUGUGUAGUACCUGAAAGAUCGUAUGUAGUUUUACAAUACCAAAGAGAGUCGAGGAUGUAUCAAAGAAAUGUCAAUUUUUCAUCAUCACUUAGUUUAUACUUUGGGGAUAUACUCUUGAUAUUUUUGGGAAUAUAAUUCUUUUUUUCCUAGUUUCACUCAUUUGGUGCAAGCAGCUGUAAUGUGAUAGGUACAGUACAUUUGAAUAGCUACAGAUACAUCUGAGUAAUUUCUUUUUAACAAGUAUAGAUUAAGUAGUGUAACUGAACUGCUGUGGAUGAAAUUUAUUAAUACAUUCUUAGAAUCUGGUGAUGAAUCGUGAGGUAGGUAUUUGAUGACUGACGACUAACAGUUUAUCAGUCAUGAUUUGUACAACCUCAUCUAUUGAUAAUCACAAAUGUAUUUAUUAUGCUGAAUACUUCUGGGACAAUAUUGAAUAAUGGGGUAAACAGGAGUUAUGAAACAUCUUGUGUAACAAUUUAGCUGUUUACUACACCACUUCAUUAGUCACACAGGGGCAAAGCACCUUGUUAUGAGCAAGACACCAUUCAGGUUGUUUGGAUAGUGAGCUCAGGUGUUCAGUAUCCAGUGUGUGAGGAGGGGGACCAAUUAGGCAUGUGUCACAUGCCUGCCUGUCUCUGCACCUCUCUUUGGGUGCACCUUGGCGUGAGUAAAUAAUUUAGUAAGUGUUUUGCCUUGUGUUUGAUAUUACUGGUAUUCAUAGCAUACCACUGAAGCUAGUCUUUUCUAGUCAAAGCAUUCUUAUGUUAAGACUCACUUGAGAUGCAGUGAUAAUCGCUAUUACUGGAGGUACUUAGUUUUAAUGACACCAUUGGGUUAACAAUAAUCAAGUGUGUAUGUAUGCAUGUGUGCGUGGUUUUUGCAUUUUUAUAAUUCUCAUGAUUCAAGCUUAACUCCAUACGGUUGUAUUUUUGUAUGUCUCCAACUUUUUUCAUAAAAUAUGUAUGUUUCUUACCUGCAAUAUCUCUUAUCUGUUCUAGUUAAGUUAAGGAUCCUUAAGAUUUUCCAACAUUCCUUAACUAGUUUUUUUUUCGCUUUAUUUACUAAAGGCUAGAUGUGUGAUGAUUUUAAAUCAUGUGGUGAUCAUUGUGAAUCUGUCAGUGUUAUAAUCUGAAGCACCACUGUCACUGAGGUGUUGUGGAUGAUCUAGGUUGUGACUUUACUGCCUGGAUAAACCUGCAAUGCUGUUAGAGAACUCUCUCCAUCCGUAAGCUGUCCGUCCAGUGCCUCACUUUCAGAUGAACUAUAUUUUUUAUUAGACAUAUGUACUCCUGCACUGUGAUAUAAUGCUGCUCAUGCACUCUGCUUGGAGGCAACAGUGCCUGCCAUGCUAUUAAAUAUUUCUUUGAAA